AUGUUGAAUAAUUUUUUUUUACUCAUUAUUUUAUACCAGAAAAUAUUAAAGGAGUUCCCUGCACACAAGAAGUAUGAAGAUUUUAACACGAAGUCAGUUAAUAAUGAAGGCGAAUAUAUUAAAUUGUGUAAUCAUUUCCCAAACUCCAAUGAAAAUGAGGUUAAUUUUUGUAAACGAGCAGUGACAAUUUUAAGUGAUAUAUUUAAGAUUGGAAAUGAAAGAGAUCGGGACGACAGUUGUGUUUAUUUUCAACAUUGGUUCACUGAUAAUAUUAGGGAAAAGUUUAGCAAUGAUAAUAUGUAUUUUAGAAAUUAUAAUCCGUCGAAUUAUCAUUAUUAUGUAAUGAACAACGUUAAUUAUGAGAACAAAACAAAAUUCAAAUAUAUUUGCUUGAUUUCCCGUGAUGAGAAAAAUGUUAAAGUUGAAAAAGAUUUGCAUGAUUAUUUUAGAAAUUUUUACUAUAUUAAAUGUAAUGGCGUAGAUGAAAAAAAAUGCCGUAUGUAUUAUAAUUAUGUUAAAUAUAUCAUACCAUUAUAUAAACAAAGUAGAGAUAAACACUUCUGUUGUUUUCUUGCUAAUGGUGAAGUAGAAGAUCGAUGUAAGCACUAUUUUAUAUGUGAUAAAAUAUAUGAUCCCCAAAAUCUAUUAAAUGUGUUAGAAGGACAAAUAAAUGGAUCAGCAUGGAACAAUUAUACUAAUAAUCAAAAUUAUGAAGUCUACGAUGAAAAUAGGAACAGUUACGGUUCAAGUUUCUUACACAAGACAAUCAACAAUGGAAGAUUUAGAAUCAAUUCCUUCAAGCACAGAUACUGGAAGAGUAUAUUUUGCAUAUCAGUCUUCAUAAAGUUCUGUGUGGUUAGUUCGUGCAUAAUAAAAACGAUAUGA